CCCGCGGCCCGGGGCGGAGCCUGACUGCCGCUCGGGGCUGCGGGGCAGCCCGAGAGGGCGAGCUCUGGCGGCAGGUGGCUCCUCCUCCGCCACUCCGCAGCCGCAGGUACCCGGCCGGCUGCGGUGGAACCGCCUUUGUACCCUCCUCCGGGGGCCCGCGACGGCCGCUGCGCGCCCAGGUCCAUUGUUUCGCCGCUCUGUCUCUUCCGGGCAGGUGCUGGCGGCGCACGGGGCCAGCACGUGCCAGAGCCGCGGCCUGAGCGCCCCUAGGGAUCCGCGGGCGCCCGGUGGGGCGUCCUCGGGCGCGCGGCGGGGGAUGAAGUACUUGAAGCCGUGGUGGUCGAACGGUGGUAGCCUUUUUCACCUCACCAUCCUGCUGAGCUUGGCGGAGCUCCGCCUGGAUCUGGACCUAGACCUAGACCUCUACCUGCUGUUCCCGCCGCGCACUCUGCUUGGAGAUGAGCUGCUGCUCCGGAACGGCCAGACGAGCCACAUCUCCGCGCUCAGUCCUUUCCCGGCCUCGGGAGGGUGGGAGCGCGCCGAACUGCUGCACCCCAAGUGCUGGGAGCGGGACCCCGCGGCGCCGCCAGAGGGCCGACUGCUCCGGGAGGUGCGCACGCUGGGGGUCCCCUUUAUCCCCAGCAUCCGAGUGGACGCGUGGCUGGUGCACAGCGUGGCUGCAGGCGACGCCGACGGGGCGCACGCGCUGCUCGGCGCCGCAGCCGCCUCGUCUGCCGGGGGAGUGGGUGCCGGCGUGGACGGCGUUAGCCAGGCUGCGCCGGGUGGCGGCGGGGGUCCGCGAGCGGUUCAGAGUAGCUCGUUGGCCGCCGGGGAGGAGGAGGAGAAGGCACCCGCGGAACCGACGGCUCAAGUGUCGGACGCCGACGGACACGCGAGCGAGGAGAAUGAGGUAUUAAGAGGUGUGAGUCACAGUCCCCAGCAUGAAGAAAAUGAGCAAAGAUCAUCAACCCAGAAGGAAAAAUCACUACAGCAGAAGAAUGAAGAUGAAAAUAAAGUAGCAGAUAAGCCUGCCUGGGAGGCAGAAAAAACCACUGAAUCUAGAAGUGAGAGAUAUCAAAAUGGAACAGAUGCAUUUUUCUCUCUGGAAGACUUAUUUCAAUUGCUUUCAUCGCAGCCUGAAAAUCUACUGGAGGGAGUCUCACUGGGAGAUAUUGCUCCUCUCCCCAGAAGUAUCAAUGAUGGCGUGAAUUCCCCCACACAUUAUAAUGUAAAUUUUAGCGAAGCUGUAAGUCAUGAUGUAAGUCUCCACGAGGCUAUGUUACUAUGUUCUGACAGUACAUUUAGAAGGGAUCCAGUAGCAAGGACUUCACAGCCACAAGAACAAAUUCUACAGUUAAGUUCUAUUACCAAUACUGAACAGACCCUUCCUGGAACUAAUUUGACAGGAUUUCUUCCAUUUGUUGACAAUCAGAUGAGGAAUCUAAGCCUAGACCAUCUGUAUGAUCUUGAUAUAAACAUACUUGAAGAGACAAACUUAAUGUCUUUGGCCACAGAAGGUUUUGAUCCCAUGGAAGUUUCUGGGCUGCUUGAAGAACCAGGUUAUGAUUCUGGGCUUUCCUUAGACUCAAGUAACAAUAGCACCUCUGUUAUCAAGUCUAAUUCUUCUCACUCUAUAUGUGAAGGUGCUACAGGUUCUAGCAGUGACCUUUCCCACCAUGACCUAGAAGGAGCUGUAGGAGGAUACUAUCCAGAGCCCAGUAAGCUUUGUUACAUGAAUGACAGAAGUGAUUGUCAUUUUCAUGGAGACCUUGCAUUUCAACACGUAUCACAUAACCACACUUACCACUUGCAGCCAAGUGCACUAGAAUCCACUUCAGAAUCUUUCUCAAUGCCUGGAAAGUCACAGAAAAUAAGUAGAUACCUGAAUGACACAGACAGAAACUUAAGCCGUGAUGAACGACGUGCUAAAGCUUUGCAUAUCCCUUUUUCUGUGGAUGAAAUUAUCCGCAUGCCUGUAGAUUCUUUCAACAGCAUGUUAAGCAGGCAUUAUCUAACCGAUUUACAAGUGUCGCUCAUCCGUGACAUUAGACGAAGAGGGAAAAAUAAAGUUGCUGCUCAGAACUGCCGAAAGCGUAAACUGGAUGUAAUUUUGAAUCUGGAAGAUGAUGUAUGUAGCUUGCAAGCAAAAAAGGAAACCCUUAAAAGAGAGCAAUCCCAGUGUCACAAAGCUAUAAACAUAAUGAAACAGAAACUGCACCACCUCUAUCGUGAUGUUUUUAGUAGGUUACGAGAUGAUCAAGGUAGACCAGUCAGUCCAAACCAGUAUGCUCUUCAGUGCACCCACGAUGGAAGUGUUGUGAUUGUACCCAAGGAAUUAAUGAUCCCAGGCCAGGAAAAGGAAAACCAAAAAGGAAAACGAAAAAAUGAGAGAAAAAAUUGAAGAUGGAUUACACCAAUACACAUAAAAACAGUCAGAAACUGAUAAAGGCUCACAAAUCUGCUUCCAAGUUUAGCUCAUGUUAGCUUUUAAGUACUACAACUUCAAGCUUAUGUGGACAAGUUUAGGUAUCAGUAUCAUACCUGGGGCAGAAGCCACAACUUCAAGUCCUAACAGUAUGUACAAUGGGACAUGAAAACAGCAUUACUUUGGUAGCCAUUUCUUAAGAUGGUAUUUUAAAAAGCAAACACUGGAUGCAAUUAUUUCAAAGUAUGUUUUUUGACUUAAAAUGCAAUUUAACCUUAAGGUUUUUUCACUUAGCACUGAAGUUUGGUGACUUUUCAAGAGCCUUUUAAUUUUUAUGAAUCCUUAACUUAUAUAGCUUUUUCUGUGGAAAUAAACUUUAUAUUUGACUUCA